CGUUCUGUUUUAGUGGCCUUCAGAGUUCAAAGACUGAUAUUCCCAUACCUCCUUCUGAAGCACUCACAGAUCGGCUGCCUCUCUGAAGCCAUGCAGGACUCUGAAACUCUGCUCAAACUUCUCUGCUGUGUAGGUAUCAUGCAGCAAAUGACCUUUGUAGUGAGUUACCUGACUGGAGAGGACCUCGGCUGUCCUGAUCUCAAAUCCCACUGUGUCCAGGAGUCACAGGACAAGGACGAGUCUGUUGCGAUGGUGGAUAUAGAAGAUAAAAAUAAAAAAGUGAAGACUGACACAGAAAGAAACAUUCAUCAGUGCCAAGAUAUGAUGUCAUUUCCUUUGUCACCUGUUGAUUUAAGUGGGCCAGAUUCACAGACACUAGCAAAUGGAUCUUUGGAAAGACUAUCCAAAUUAGAGAUGGCAACAUCGAGGUGCCUUGCUGAUUCUACGUAUGAAAUUAAAUCUGAAUGGACCGAAGCCUCUAGUUUUGACCAAGAGAAGGCAGGUGGAGGUGGGACAUACAAGAAGAAAACUUUAAUUUCAUCUCUCGCCAUCCAGCCCAAUGACACAACUCAAUCAUUUAUUUUUCCGAAGAACACAAGCAUGCUUGACCCCGAACCUCAGACCGUAAGCAUAAGAAAUAUCGAUUCUACAGCAGGUAGAUCCGUUUCACAAUCUAAAGAGUCUUUCAAGAUGAGCACUGACGUCAAAUUAGAGGUCAAAGGUCAAACUAAUAAGGAGCCCUUGCAGAUAUUACAGUCAUCUGUCAUAAUUCUGAAGAACAGAACAGAGCUUGCCAUUUCAGUGAACUCAAACCCAGUAGAAAUGCUUAGACCAGCAAAAAAUGUCCAUCCGACUGAUAUUUUAGGUACAGCCAAAGAUUCAUCAUGGACAAAAUCUGUUAAGGAUUCAAUCACAGCGCCAAGUGGUUCACUUCGAAACCUGACCCGUGCAACCAUGGAAACCAGCACUGGCAGCGCCUCAGUCAAUAAAGUAAAGUCACUGGAGAAGAAUGAAGAAAUCAGAGCGACUAGUCGACCCACGACACCAAUGCAAACUCAACCCGUGGAAAUUACUCAGCAAAAGCCUUUUCAUCAACCUGGGAGUCCCAGUGCUGAAAGAGAGGAAGAGAGAGAGCAAGAGAAGAUUAAAGAUACAGAUGAGACUCCACAGAUUAGACAGGAGGAUCUCAGAUAUAGAAGUGAGCAAAACGUGACUAAAAAAUCAGAGACUGAUGAUUGUUAUUCUGGUGAUACUGCUGCCUGUUCAGGACGUCCUACCACUGUGCCAAAUACAACAACAGAGAACCACUCCAAUCAGAUGCGCAGAAACAUAAACAGAGAAGGAGAUCUAGUAAACACAUCGGGUUUCAGAGGCCUAAUGGGGCAUCCAGGCCCACCUGGCUUCCCAGGUCCUCCAGGUGAAAAAGGAGACAAAGGGUAUGAGGGAGUGAUGGGCCGGACGGGCCAGACAGGGUACAGAGGACCGAUCGGACCACCUGGCAUGCCUGCUAUUGUAGUCUGGUACACAUCAGAAGAAGAAUGGCAAGCAUUCAAGAAAAAGAAAUUCUACAAAAAACUAGUGUCGUUGUGGCCGAGAGUGAAGGGAUUACCAGGACCUCUGGGACCACAUGGACAGCCUGGACCACCAGGCCCUCCUGGAGUUCCAGGCAAACAGGGAAGGAAGGGAGAGCGAGGCAAACUCGGAAGAAUAGGACCGGUUGGAAUGCCAGGGUCACCUGGGAGACCAGGACCAGAGGGCACAGCUGGGAAGGAUGGGGAGACGGGCUCUCCAGGACCACCUGGGGAGGAUGGCCCAAAAGGUUAUGCGGGAGAGAAGGGCAGUAAAGGGGAGCUGGGUGAGUGGGGGGAUCUUGGUGAACAGGGGCCUCAGGGAACCAAAGGAAGAAAAGGAGAGAAGGGAAAAAAGGGACAGAAGGGCCUAGCAGGGGUAGUAGGAUAUAUUGGGCCACCUGGACCUAGAGGACCACGGGGAUUCAUGGGGCCGCCUGGACCACCCGGACAGGCAGGCGGGCCUGGGUUCACUGGAUCACCAGGACCACCCGGUCUUACGGGCCCAAGAGGGUUGAAGGGAGUUCCAGGCGUCAACGGACCCCCUGGACAGCUUGGUGAGAUGGGGCAAAGGGGACCACUUGGCAAACAAGGAGAGGAAGGGCCUGAUGGUAUUAUCGGUAUUCCUGGUGUUCCUGGACCCCAGGGAAAACCAGGGGGCGAUGGACCACCAGGUCAAAAAGGAGACCCUGGAGAUGUGGGAAUUGAGGGAGACAUUGGAAGUCCAGGACCACCGGGUCUAAAAGGUGCCAAUGGAAAACCAGGAAAACAUGGGCCUUCAGGUGAUCCAGGUUUGAAAGCACAGCGUGGGAUGAAAGGAGAUUCUGGACAAAAAGGAGAUUUAGGUCCUCCGGGGCUGCUGGGUAAACAGGGAUUCAGAGGCAGAGGAGGGCAGUCUGGUGUAAAGGGGGAGACUGGCCCUACUGGACCUGCUGGUUUACCAGGGCCCAUGGGCUAUGAUGGAUCUGUUGGAGAUCCGGGGAGACAGGGAAAAGAUGGACCUAAGGGAGAAAGAGGCCACCCUGGUAUCCAAGGUGCUUUUGGACCACGAGGAGACAAGGGUCGGACAGGCCAAGGGGGAUUCACUGGUUUUCCAGGACCUUUGGGAGAGAUGGGAAAAUCAGGAGAGCCAGGACCUGAAGGAGAGCCCGGUAUUAAGGGAAGAACAGGGGUCCCUGGAGGAACCGGAUUUAAAGGUCAAAAGGGACUGCAGGGUGUUUCAGGGAGCAGAGGACAGGACGGCAUUCAUGGUGCAACUGGAUCGAUUGGACCACCAGGAUCAGAUGGAGGUAGAGGACCUCAUGGUCCCUGGGGUUUACAGGGAAUGCCUGGUGCCCCAGGAAUCCAAGGUCCCGUUGGAAAAAGUGGGGAACCAGGGAGCUUGGGACUCACUGGCAAACCUGGAAAGCCUGGAAUCAGAGGUGUCAAAGGCAGAGAGGGUUCAGAAGGGCUUCACGGCAGGCCUGGAGAGAAGGGGAAAAGUGGUCCUGAGGGGCCCAAAGGAAAACCUGGUCAGUCAGGUCCUCGAGGCCUACCAGGAGAGAAGGGCUACAGAGGACCUGCUGGCCCACAAGGAAACAUAGGCCAGUGGGGUGAGACAGGUCUGCAGGGGCCGGUAGGAAAUCAAGGGCCCAGAGGACCGCCGGGGCCACAAGGAGUGGCUGGGUACCCAGGUAAAGAUGGACCACCUGGACCCCUCGGACCUCCAGGAGAUAAAGGUGAUAAGGGACUGAGAGGAGCCAGUGGACUGAAGGGAGUUGCCGGUAUCGAUGGUGAGGAGGGCUCAGGGGGUGAAACUGGAGCAGUUGGACCAGCAGGAAGCAAAGGCUUGUCAGGUGAGAAGGGUAAUGAAGGAUCUUUUGGUGAUCGUGGCCCAAAGGGAAUCCAAGGAGAGAGUGGAAAUCGAGGACCACCUGGAGUCAAAGGACAAAAAGGACGAGAAGCGUUGAGUGGUGCUCCAGGGCAGAAGGGAGAUCCUGGAUCCCCUGGUGAAAAAGGUCAGACAGGUGUGAGAGGUUACUCUGGGUUGAUAGGAAAGUAUGGUCCUGGAGGGAACAUGGGAAAAUCUGGUGAAAAAGGCGACAAAGGUCUACGUGGACUUCUUGGCGCUGCAGGAACAAUUGGGCCACCAGGUCCAAAUGGUGCUAUUGGGUUACCGGGUUUGCCAGGGAAAAAAGGAUUUGUUAGACAAAGUGGAAAAUUUGGACCAAAAGGAGAACCUGGAGUUAAAGGGAAUCCAGGCAGCCCUGGGAAGAUUGGAUCAAUGGGCGUUUCAGGCCCAAGAGGGAAGAAAGCAGAGCCUGGAACAAGAGGCAGAAUGGGGCCAAUGGGUCAGCUGGGAGCUGUGGGUCCUCGCGGACUAAAGGGAAAACUAGGAUCUUCAGGGCCUUCAGGGGAAAAAGGAGUCAAGGGUCAACCAGGGCCAAAAGGGAUGAGCGGUACUCCUGGAACGAGAGGAAGUAAAGGUGUUGCAGGAAAGCCAGGACCUCAAGGACCAAAAGGGAAACAUGGUAAUCCUGGUCUACCUGGAAAGCCAGGACGUAGUGGUACAGAUGGAUUGUUGGGAGUUAUUGGCACUGAAGGCGACCCAGGUGACAUUGGUUUCCGAGGACCUCUGGGGAAACCAGGUUCUCCAGGUAGUGCUGGUGCCCCAGGAACACCGGGUUUGCAAGGGAGUCAAGGAGUACAUGGGCCAAAGGGCGCUGUAGGACCCAAAGGGAAACCAGGACCCACUGGGCUGAUAGGACCAAAGGGGAUUCUGGGACUUCAAGGUGAAAAGGGAUAUGUUGGACAAAAGGGACCAAAGGGCCAUGUUGGUAUUAGAGGAUUGCAAGGGCCCAGCGGACCACCAGGAGAAAAGGGAAAGCAAGGUGCUCCAGGGUACAAGGGACAGCCUGGGCAGAAAGGCAUACAGGGUGAAGCUGGUGCUCGUGGGCCUCCUGGUGGCAAAGGACUCCCUGGUUCACCUGGUCCAACUGGAAGGAAGGGUAUGAAAGGAGUUCAGGGAAUAUCAGGACAGAAAGGUGUGAAAGGUCAGAGAGGACUUCCUGGAAAACCAGGUGUUCCCGUCCAGCAGAUACCAGGGCAUCAUACUCCACCUCAUGCUCCAAGAAGAGGUUUACAAAAUAAAGUAAGGUUAUUAUCCAGAAAGUCUCGAUUUGAUAGCCCUGAAGAAGUGAUUGAGGAAAAUAGCCGCUUGCAAGGCACAAAAGACAGCCCAGCAACCACCUGCAGAGAACUCCAUCUCAUCCAGCCUCACCUCAGAGAUGGGCACUACUAUAUUGAUCCAAACCAUGGAUGUCCAUUUGAUGCUCUCCAUGUGUUCUGUAAUUUUACUGCUGGUGGUCGAACUUGUGUGUCUCCUGUCCGGUCUAAAAUCUCAGGAAUGUGGCCAUCAGCGGACGGAUCUAAAAAGUGGUUUAGCGAGCUUCACAGAGGCUUCAAGUUUGAGUACAGAGAUCUCGAUGUUGUCCAACUGCGAUUCCUACGGUUACACAGUACCUCUGCCACACAAAGCAUCAGCCUGACAUGUUCUAAAAAACACAGGCCCACUGCUAAACACCAGGAUACCACCAAGAGAGUGUUACGCUUAUGGGGAGACUCCAAUGAAGAAAUACAUCCAUCCCACGUCCUCAUAUCACAACAUGGUUGUGAGGUAACUGCACAGGUGAGGGUUCUCGGGAAUUCUGAGCUCCACGGAGGAGACAUACAACUCCUUCCCAUAAGAGAUGUUCUUUUGCAGGGUGGAGGAGAAACCUGGGAAGGAGAUCCAGGCAUCGUCCUUGGACAUUUGUGCUUUUUGUAG